GUACUGAAAUAUUUUCACUGUGUAUUGCUUCACGCUUUGUAAUUCACCUGUGAUUUGCGUGUAUGUGGUCUAGUCAUGGGAGCGUAAUCAAGAUGCUCCCUUUGCUCGUGGCUGUCAGGUAUGUGAUAAGUGGUGGGGUCAAGGUGUGGAAAGGUAUUUCCGCUGGGAGUUGCUCAGUUUCAGUCACUCGGUAAGAAAUGAGAAGAGUGGGCGACUGCAGUCAGAGGGUGCUGAGUGUCAGGAGUCUUUUUACAUUUCAUUGUUGUUGCUGCCACACAGGGAGUGAGUCAAAUCAACUCAAUAAUCAUUCUGGUAAAGGUGAAAACUAAAACCCACCAUGACUCACUGUGGACUGUUGUGGAUUGUUUUGUCACAACUGACGCGUGCCACAGAAUACCCUGAAACUCUGCAAACGCACAAACAUGACUCAGUAGUUCGUACAUCUGUCACACUGUGACACAGAUAUGAGAUGGAAGCUGUAUUGUGCCAUCACCUUAUAUGUGAGUUGUUAUAGAGAUGAACAAUAGCACCGACAUCCUCGAAUAACUAAUUAUAAAUGGUGAAAGCCCCUUAGGCUACUUGUACUGUUACACACACGUGGUCAGACUCUACACUCAAAAGGGUGGAGUCGGUGCAGUAGUAUUUCGUUCCCCUCUCGAGGGCAUCAGAUCUUGACUUGAUGCGCCGGGAAGGAAUCCAAGGUGAGGCUUCCAGGGAAUUACGCAGCGUAAAACCAAAGGAGAGAGGACUUUCUGUUUCGAAAUCAUAUCCUGUGUACAUUUUCAUAGUUGGGUUUGUAUUUGGUGAAAUCUACGAAGUAAAAAAUCUGACUUUAUGUGAAGUCAUGGAGCGCCGCGCAUUUCCCCCGUCGCGCUUCGACCCCUUGCCGCGAGCAGCGCGUAAAAGCCAGUGGCUCCGGAGCACUCUGGCACAUCACCACUGCCCAGACCCCAGCGUGGAGAACGAAAUCGUCGUCCUGGCCACAGGCAUUGACCAAUACCUGCAGGAGGUCUUCCACCACCUGGCCUACCCCAACCGGGACGACACAGUGACUGCGGAGGAUUUCGCCACGCUGUGCGCGGUGCUGGGGCUCAACGGAGCGGGGAGGAGGACGAGGAUAGCAAAGGACGGGACAGGAGAUGGAGAGAAAGACGAGGAGGAUGAAGAGUUUAUCAAUGUAUGUUCUCGGCUGCCCUGCCAGCUGUCAUUUAAAGACUUCCACUCUCGGCUCUGUGGGUAUUUCCGUGUGCGCAGUGCGCGCAGAGGCACCGGGGAUUGUGCCUGGCGCUUGCCCCUCACUGAGGACACGGAGCUGGUGGAGAGACAGAUCCGACUGCGGUGGCCGCGGGUCAGGCGGAGGAAAAGUGUCAGUUUUGAUCUGCCCGGGGACCAGAGUGGAUCUGUACCCAGUAAAAGUGGAACCUCAGGAGACCGUGAGACAGGUGAGGUGUCAGCUCUAAGGGAGCUGGUGGAGGACCUCCGCUCGGCGCUGCAGGGGAGCGAUGCUCGCUGCCUGGCCCUGGAGGUGGCUCUCCAAAGGGCGAGGAGCUGCACUCUCCCUUCUCCCUCCAGCUGCACCUCCACGGUUUCAUCUCCCACAACUUCCAUCACCUUUGUUCAGGGAAAACUGGUCCCAACGCACAGAAUUAAAGGACAGUGCAGUGGGGCUGGAGGAGACGGGGUGAGGAGGGCGGCAAGGUCACAGGACAUCAGGGACCCACUUCUGAGGGAGCUGAAGCUGAUUCGCUCUUCGCGUGACGGACAGCUGGAGGAGGCCAUCAAGUUCAAUGAGCGUUUGGAGAAGGAGCUGCAGUGGGCGUAUCAAGAAGUGCGCAAACUGCAAGGGGUGGAGUCUGCACUGAGGAAAGAGAACAAUCACAUCAGGAGGCGAGCGGAGGAGGCCAGGGAGGCUCUGAGUUUGGGGCUACAGCGGGUUCGGCUGAUCCAGGAGCAGGCACAGGCUGUUCCUCAGCUCCAGACCAGGAUCAGUCAGCUAGAGACUGAGCUGCACCAGUACAGAUCCUGCUGUAGCUGCCUCUCAGACUCCUCCUGUCAGCAAACCUAUCCAUUCAGAGCAGAAGACACCUGCAACGGGACAGAUGCAGAGUGUCUGCAGAGAGCAGUGGAGGGAAGAGCUGCCUCUGAUGAAGAGGAGGACGACAGGGGGCCAAGGGAGGAAGGAGAGUGGUGCCUGUUAGAGGUGAAGAAGCACACCAGCCAACUGCACAGCUGUGGGAAAGGAUGUCAAAGCCAAACGGUCCACCAUCUCUCUCCGAGUCACCUGCAUGAUAAAAACCUCACCAGCACUCCUACAGACAGCAGAGGGAGCCCCGGCUGGAGGGGACCAAACCAAGAGCAGCAAGAGAGAAGCAGGGGCCUUGAAAAAGAAAAGUGGCCUGAGGAAGAGGAAGAGCAGACAAGGCUGGAGGAGAAAGAAAAGACACGUCUGUCUCUGCUGGAGGAGAAACUCACCGCUGCCCUCACACUGCUGCUGCAGCUACGCAACAAGAACAUGUCGCGCAGGGUGCUGGGGAAAAUUGUGAUGGACGCUCUUGAUGUCUGCAGUAGGGCUGGAGACGGACGAUCCAGGGUCCUACAGGUAGCUGAUGCUCUUUGCCUCCAUCUGUCCUCUAGUGAUCUUCUCGGAGACGGAGGGGACAAUGGAGUUGGAGGAAGAGACAGCAGAGACAAACUCUGUGUUACAUCUUCUGGGUGUCAAACCAACAGUCCCAACCCUCUACUCAUCUCCUGUUGAACAAGCUACUUAGAUGGUACUUUAUCAUUGUCCUACUGUUUUGGCUUGUUUGCACCCUUAUAAAUCUCCCAGUUGUGUAUUCCACAUUUUAAAACUGGUUUUAAUGUAUUUAAAGUUUAAUUUUAUUUACUUCAUUAAAUCUCUAAGCGUUGUAUUUAGAAUUUAUUUAAUGUAAACAAUUAAAGGGGAACUAUUAUGCUUUUUCUUACUUUCAGAGGUACAUAUAAUAAUAAAAUCUUUUAUACAAACACUUGGAACCUCGUGUAAAACUUAAUGCACAAACCCUUGAAGAGAAGAAAGGGAACUGUGAUUAUUUCAUUCUCUGUGCUUUCUUGAUCUGGGGAAUAUACUUUCCACUGAUAAAACCAAAACAGUAGUUUCACUCAUUUUUCACAGGGUCACAUAGUGUAGGCCACUUACAGAGUAAGUAACAGAUAAACAACCCAGGGAAAGAGAAUCAUGGCAACUUAUGAAUGAACAAAAGAAAACAAAAGAAAACAACUUUCUAAAAAGGAAAGCAACACUGACAAACAGCAAUAACAAUUAAAGUCACCAUAACCUAACAGAAACUAAAGGGUCACACAAGCAACAACAGCACACACAAAAAGGAUCAACAAA